CAGCACAGGAGACCAGAGCAAGUGGUGGCCUGGGCGGGGAAGCCCUGAGAGAAAGAAGAAAAGAACGGAUCCCCGGGCUGUGGGCUUGGGCAGCAGGGCGGGGUUUGCUUCCUCAGCAAUUCAUAUAAAAACCUUCUACUCUCUGGAGAACAACAGUCCCAUUCAGUGUGAGCCUGCGAGAGUUGGACAAGCGCAGGGGAAAGGGCACAAGCAGGGGGGCAGGAAAGGAACCUGGGAGAGACACCCGAGGAUUUGUUAUUUGGCACUGCCACUGGGAGAAUAAUAGAAGUGUGCAACAUGCAACUCGCGGUGGCUCGGAUUAACCUGCUGCUCGGCUACUGCUGCACCUUCAUUGCUGCUUUUAACUUGGAUACACAGAAUGUCAUCUCCAAAAGCGGGGACCCUGGGAGCUUGUUCGGCUUCUCCAUGGCCAUGCACUGGCAGCUGGACCCAGAGGACAGGAGGCUGCUGUUGGUUGGAUCACCUAGAGCUAAAGCUUUGCCAGCACAGAGAGCAAAUGUAACAGGCGGGCUAUAUGUUUGUGACUUCACAUCGCUUUCUACAAAAUGCGAUCGGGUUUCAUUCGAUGACUCAGCUGAUGUUAAUGUAGAAAGCAAAGAAAAUCAGUGGAUGGGUGUGAGUGUUCAAAGCCAGGGGCCUGGUGGGAAAAUUGUGACUUGUGCUCAUCGUUAUGAAAGGAGAACGGGGGUUAAUACAAACUAUGAAAACCGUGAUAUCACUGGAAGAUGUUAUGUGUUCAGCCAAGACCUCACCAUGAAAGAUGACAUGGAUGGUGGAGACUGGAAUUUCUGUGAAGGACGAAGGAGGGGGCACGAACAGUUUGGUUCUUGCCAACAAGGUGUAGCUGCUACAUUCACAAAAGAUUUUCAUUAUAUCGUAUUUGGUGCACCUGGAACAUACAACUGGAAAGGAGUGGUUCGGGCAGAACAAAAAAAUAACACUUUGGAAGACUUGUUUAAUAUUUUUGAAGAUGGACCUUAUGAAACUGGUGGUGAAAACAAAAGAGAUUCAGAUUUAGUUCCUGCACCAGAUAACAGUUACCUAGGAUUUUCUUUGGAUACUGGGCUUGGGAUAUCUUCCCAGAAUGAAAUGAUUUUUGUUGCUGGAGCCCCGCGAGCCAAUCACAGUGGAGCUGUAGUCCUGAUGCGGAAGUUUCCACCUGAUGAGAGGAUGUUGUCUGCUGUACACACAUUUCAAGGAGAAGGGCUGGCAUCGUCCUUUGGUUAUGAUGUAGCGGUGGUUGAUCUUAAUAGAGAUAGGUGGAAUGAUAUAGUUGUUGGUGCUCCCCAAUAUUUUGAUAAAAAUAAUAGAGACAUAGGAGGCGCCAUUUAUGUCUAUAUAAAUAAGAAUGGAAAAUGGAAUGAGGUUGCGCCUGUCCGCAUUGUAGGAACCAAGGACUCUAUGUUUGGUAUAUCAGUGAAGAACAUUGGGGAUAUAAAUCAAGAUGGCUUUCCUGAUAUUGCAGUAGGAGCGCCGUAUGAUGAUGGAUUUGGCAAAGUAUAUGUGUACCAUGGGUCUAAAGAUGGAAUCAUCACAGAACCUGCUCAGGUUAUUGAGGGCAGAAGCACAAAUACGCGGUUCUUUGGUUACUCCAUUGCAGGAAAUUUGGAUUUAGAUGAAAAUUCUUACCCAGAUAUUGCAGUUGGGUCCUUAUCAGAUACUGUGAAAGUGUUCAGAUCCCGUUCUGUUAUCACUGUGAAAAAGACUAUUAAAGUAACACCUGAUAAAAUAGACUUCAACAAGAAAAACUGUGAUGCCCCGAGUGGAAUCUGUUUGGACGUAGAAGCUUGUUUUGAAUACACUGCAAAUCCUAAAAGCUACAAUCCAGUUCUAACCCUGAACUACACAUUUGAACUUGAAACUGACAGGCGACAAUUGCACAAGCCAUUAAGGAUGAACUUUAAAGAACUUCCCCAGGAAAGCAAAUUGUCAAAAACCAUUGAACUUAGAGGUCAGAAUCAAAGAGGAUGUGUCACAACAGCACUUCAGCUUCUGGAAAGUAUUAGAGACAAGCUACACCCCUUUGCCGUGUCUGUUAGUGCAGACAUAAAAAGUGUGAGUCGGAAGAAGAGACAAAGUAGUCCACUCCCAGAACUUAUGCCAAUCCUGAAUUCUAAUGAGCCUAAGACUGCUACCGCCAAUGUCCCGUUUCUGAAGGAAGGAUGCGGGGAGGAUAACAUCUGCAAUAGCAACAUGCAACUGAAAUACAAGUUUUUAACCAGAGAAGGAAGCCAAGAUUCGUUCACAGAAUUAAAGAAAGAGAAUGGUAUUCCAGUGUUAGCUCUGAAAAACCAGAAAGAAAUUGCUUUAGAGAUCACUGUCACUAACAAACCGUCUGAUCCAGCAAAUCCAAAAAUGGAUGGCGAUGAUGCCCACGAAGCGCAGCUUACUGCAGAACUUCCCAGCUCUUUAUCCUAUUCUAGAUAUCAAGAGCUGAAUCCUCAACUGGAUAAAACUUUACCUUGUGCAUCAAACCCCAAUGGCUCAGUGGUGUUCUGUGAACUUGGAAACCCCUUUAAACGGAAUGCCAAUGUGACUUUCUAUCUGAUCCUGAGCACAAAUGAGAUAUCAGUUGAUACUACUGAGCUGAAUAUUGACCUUAAUUUGAAAACAACAAGUUCCCAAGCCAACUUGGACCCUGUGGUUGCAAAGGCCAGAGUGGUGGUGGAGUUGUUGCUUUCUGUCUCUGGAGUUGCCAAACCUUCCCAAGUGUACUUUGGGGGCAAUGUUGUUGGCGAAAGCGCCAUGAAGUCAGAAGAGGAAAUUGGAAACUUAAUAGAGUUUGAUUUCCGAGUAACGAAUUUUGGAAGGCCUCUUAAAGCACUUGGUACUACUUUCCUGAAUAUUCAGUGGCCAAAAGAAAUCCACAAUGGCAAAUGGUUGCUUUACUUGGUGAAAAUUGAAUCAGAGGGGCUUGACAAAAUUGAGUGUCAGCCUGCUGGGGAAAUAAAUAAACUGAAAUUGCUGGAAUCAGGUAAAACGAGACACAGACGUGAAAUUGGAGAAAGCCAAAGUGGAACAAGUGAUAAAUCGUUUUCUCUGUUUUCUGAGAGGAAGUACAUGACAUUGGAUUGCAACAACCAAGCAAAAUGUGUGACUAUUAAAUGUCCUCUCCAUGGUAUGGACAGUAGUGCAGUCAUUAAGGCAAGGUCAAGACUAUGGAACAGUACCUUCAUAGAGGAAUACUCAAAGAUGAAUUACCUUGAUAUCCUUGUGAAGGCUUUCAUAAGUGUAGACACAGCAGCACAAAACAUUAAAUUGGCCAAUGAAGGUUACCAGGUUCGCGUCACCGUUUUCCCAGAGAAGACAGUUGCUCAAUACUCAGGUGUACCUUGGUGGAUUAUUUUCGUGGCUAUCCUUGCUGGUAUAUUGAUGCUUGCACUCUUAGUGUUUUUGCUGUGGAAGUGUGGAUUCUUCAAACGAUCCAGGUACGAUGACAGUGUCCCACGAUACCACGCUGUACGAAUUCCCAAAGAAGAACGAGAGUACAAAGAUGGAAAAUUGCCUAAGAACAGUGAAAAAAAGCAGUGGGUCACAAAAUGGAAUGAAAAUGAGAGCUAUUCCUAGAGUUUUCUAUUUCCUUCAUCUUUUUUUUUUUUUUUUUUUUAUGAAUUGAAUUUCCAUGUAAGAUAGUCAGAAAGGCUGAAAAAUUAGGCUUCUGUUUUAACUGACUUGUAUAUUGUUACUUAUGCCAUGGCUAUUUCAGUUUGCACUGUAUUUUUUAAUGGGGACGUAGACUUCAAAUCAGACUUGUAUUUAAAUGGUUGCACCGAACCUUGUUCUACUGGAGAGAUCUGUUAGCUUCUGCUGUGGCUGUCACAUCAGCAGGGAACGUGGUGAAGCCCUAUGAUUGCUACUCUGGGAAAGAAAGUGGCCUUCAGAUAUUUUAGCUGGGUGCUGCCGCUGCAAUCAAGAAAGUUUACUACUAAAGACACAGAUAUACACAUCAUCCUGUAUUGAAUUACCCAGAGCCACAACAAGUCUUCCAUAUACACAGUGUAAUCUGCCUUAAUGCAUAACUAUGUGCCAAUGUCAUGCUAGAAGAAAUGUAUUGUAAUAUAUUGUACAAAGUCCCCAAGAGAUUUAUCCAAGGUCUAUAUAUAAUCCUUUCACAGCCGAGCUGGUGCCUAGAUCUGUCUGUAUACAUCAUUAGGGCACAGCUUUGUGGUGCCUUCGUUGUUAUGCAUUAUCCUAUGCAAGAUGUUUGUGCCAAUCCCAAAAAUGUAGGCUUGGUCUUAUAUAUAAACAUACACAAACACGCAGUUAUAGAAUCUUCAAUAAGAUAGUACCUCAUACUUGAUGUUAACUAACACUGCAUAAACCAAAGCCAGAUCCCAAGCAUUCCUGAUAAUAGAUGUCAUACCUGAGUGUAUAUAUUCACACACACACAAAAACAAUGAAGUUGAAAGCAAGCUACCCACCAUUAAAGUCCUAAAUGCAUUUUCAUACUUUGUGUUAGUUAAAUGUGCAGUAGAUCAACAAACUAAAUACAGUGCCAUUUUAUUUAAAGGGAGCUGUAACAGGAAAUGAAAAUGCCAUAUAUGCAGGGUUUACUUAGCCUGCCUAUUUGAAAAUUCUGCAUUGUUUCUAGAUUGCAAAGUAGUUUUAUUAGAAAUUCAAUGUGCUGGUGUUUUGUAGGGCUUUCUGAUAACACAUACUCAAGACUUCAGAACACAACAGGUCUGGUGGGGACCAGGGCUGUAUUAAUAGUUACCAGCCGUUUGUCUCCUCACAGACUGGCACAUUCCCAGGAUAGUCUUUGCACAUGCUCUAAUUGGAAGAGAGAGGGGUACCAUCCCUUCCUCUUAGCUCUGUUGCUGGAUUUAGUUCCAACUAUCCAGCAUCAGGAUGAGGAGAGUUUUUUUUUAUAAACUUGUUUCAAAUAAAGAAAUAUAUAUAUAUAUAUACAUAUAUAUAUACUUCAUGUGCCUAUAUAUAGGCACCUGAGGGCUGCUAACCUAGGCAUGAACCCUUGGGUGGCUAUGUAUAUAUAAUAUUUAUAUAUUGUUUUUAGGCAAUAGAUUAAAAAUGUCUGCAAACACUACUGCUGUGAGUAAACACACUGUAAUAUAGACUAGGAAUUCUACUUCAAAGAAAAUCAAGUUUUAUAUGUACUGGAUAACAAUAACUGGCAUGUCAAUAUAAGUAGAUAACUUUAAAAAAAUGUUUUUGUGUUCCUGUCCCUUUAAAACCAACUUUUAUAUAUUGUGUUAGCUGUAUAUAACGGUGCCUUCAUGAUAUUUAUUGAUAUUUCAAUUCUUCUGCCCUUUUUUUUGUUAACGCCAAAGAUUUAUCUGUGAUCUGUUGCUGCUUUUGGGGUUAACAUACAAAUAAUCAAGAUGGACAACUGUUAGCAGCUCAUCUGUGUAAUGCAAUAUUUCCUUCAUGAAUGGACAAUGAGACACAACUACUGAAUUUUUAUGUUAAAUACUCUGACAAUGUGUCUGUUAAUCCUGUACCUGAUCAAACCCACAGCCUAUGUUCUGUAUAUGUAAAUACUAGAGUGUACAUUAAUAUCUUUCUUUUAAAAAGGAACAGAAUUUAAUUUGAAUAAAUGUCACAUUCUUAUGCUGA